AUGGAACCCAUAUCCCUCACCGCGAGUGUCAUUGCCGUAGCGACCCUGGCCUACGACAGCGGCAAAGCGCUCUACGACAUGGUCGAGACCUACAGCCACGCCCACGAGAUCUUCCAGGAGCUCAAUUCCGACAUCGAGGGGCUGAACAACGUCCUCCUUUCUCUCAAGACAAUCGGUGGCAGGGACAAGGGCGCCUCCUUCUCGGAGAGACAGUGUCGAUGUCUAAAGGAGGUCGAGUCGGCUAUCGAGAACUAUUCGGACGCAUGCAAGGCUUUCGAGGCCAAGGUGGGCAAGUUAAUGUCCAACUCGACACCGGAGUAUGUCAGCAAGAGAGAUAAGUUUAUGCUGCACUUCAAGACCAACGAUAUUGCGGCGUUCCGGAUCCAGUUAAGUAGGUACAAGUCGACGCUCACGAUCGCCUUACUCGUUGUGUCCCUUAAAUCCUCCUCCGAGGGUAACAAAGAACUCACCACCAAAGUCGAAUCCGCCAUGGGCCUCCUCACCGGCCAAAUGGAGGGCAUCAAACUUGCCGUGCAGGCCGUCGAAGACGCCGGCGCCAGCAGCCAGUCCCUUAUGAUGGGCAUGGCACAGACGGUGCAAGCUAUCUCGCAGUGCGGCGACGUGUGCAGGGCGGCGACAGCAGUAGCGGGGGCGGCGGACGGGACCGCAACGUACAGGUUGGUGCAAGCGUUUGACGACGCGCGGUUCAUGAUGGGCAGCACGAAUACGCAGGCUAUCGUAGGAGGCUCGACAAGAGUGUUUGAUAAAGUUGUAGGGCGGGAUCGGGCGAGGCUGUUGAUCGGGGAUAUUGAUCCGAAAACAGCACUGGAUUUCAUGAAUGGUUGA